AUGGCUUGGUUACACCCACCUGCAAUCGGAUGCAGAUUUUCUUUUUUACAUUUACCAUGUAGUCGAUGUGGCCACACUGUGUGUUUAUAUGAAGAUUCAUUGGUGCUAUUUGGAGGAUUUGACGGAAGAAAAUGAUUAAAUGACGUUCAUCUAUUCAAUACGAGCAGCAUGGUCUGAACUCAACCAAGGGUUUUAGGGUCAGCGCCACAACCUCGGCAAUAUCACACAGCUCAAAUCAUAGGGCACAAAAUGUAUAUAUUUGGAGGUUACAAUGGCUCAGUCUGACUCCGAGAUUUGAUUAUCCUUGAUUUCCACGAAAUGCAAUGAAAAUACCCAAAAGUUAAAGGUGACUUACCUAAUGGAAAAGAAGGCCAUGCAAUGGCUUCUGUCGACAAAUAUAUAUAUCUAUUUGGAGGAUGGGACGGUUCAGCUAUCGGUGACUUGCAUAGACUUGACACAACAACAUUGGAAUGGAAGCUUAUAGAAACUGCUGGAAGCAAGCCUUUUCUUUGUGGCCAUACUAUGACCAAUGUAAAAGGACAGUUAUUUAUAUUUGGGGGAUUCGACGGCAAUAACUGGGUUAACACCCUAUAUGUGAUUGAUCCAAGUUCCUCAAAGCCAGAAUGGGUAACUCCUGAAGUGUCAGGGUCGCCAGUUACAAGAGGCUACCAUUGUGCAACUCUCGUUAAUCGCUAUAUUUUAAUAUACGCUGGAUACAACGGAAGCUAUAUCUUAGGCGAUCUUGUCGCUUUAGACACUGAGUACUUCACAUGAACAGUCCCCGCCUCAUGUUUUGGCCAUUUUCCUACAGCUAGGCACGCAUUUACAAUGACGUUAUCAGGCUCCGAAUUAUACAUUUUUGGAGGCUAUAACGGCGCUAGAGACACCAAUGAGCUCCACGUCCUAGAAACAGCCGCUUUUUCUUCUCUGCAUGACGAUAUGUGGAUUGCUUUCGAAAUGAACUCCUGGCAGGACGUAAAGCUGUUCUCUACAAAUGGAAACAUCAUGGUCCAUUCAGUCAUUAUUAGGGCCAGGUGUCCUUAUUUGUAUAAAUAUAUUUUGAGCGCAUACCCUGAUUUUGAAGGUCUGGUAAAGCAAAAUCCGGUUUGGGUUGAUAUGGGGUCGAUAUCAGAAAAAAGUUUGACAAAGUUCUGUGAGUAUUUGUAUUGCGACUUGUGUGCAGAUCAGAUAACCCCAGAUAUAAGGGACGAUUUGUUGCUGCUGGCGUCGAAAUAUGAUUUAGCGAGACUGAGGAAGCUGUGUAUAAAGACUAUGCAUUGAAAUGAGCAGACUAUACCAGAUUCAGCAUUAGCUGUUGAUAUGAUGAAAUGCAAAGAGUUUGAAGAUUUAAGCGACUUAACAGUUGUUGUAGAGGGCACUCAAUUCAAAGUCCACAAAGUGAUCAUGGCUGCAAGAUGUCCUUAUUUCCGAGCUAUGCUCAACUCUGGCAUGAAAGAGACAAGCUCCCAAGAAGUCUCGUUCCCUGACCUCUCAUCUAAAGCUUUUGAGCUCAUAAUAGACUGAAUCUACUCUGACAAAUUUUCUCCACUUUUCUCAGAGCAGCCUAUCUCUACUGAGCUUGGCAUAAAUUUACUAUUCGCUGCCAAUAUCCUCGACUUACAAAGUUUAAUGAGGAUGACUGAAAUUGUACUAGAGCGCUCUAUUAAUAUAGAAAAUGUCAUCGAGCUCUAUGAAGUCGCAUUUGCCUUAAGCGCCGUCAAGCUAAAAUGCUACUGUGUAAACUUAAUCCUCAGAGAAUUCGACAGAGUGUCCUUAAAAAGAGAAUUUGCGACUAUGAAUGAAGCUGCGUUCAACGAAGUCAGCCAAUUUUUGCCAAGAAGAAUUAAGCGGCAAACAAGCUACGCAGUAGCUUCAGAUUUAAGCAUGAUAAGGUGGGAAAAAGAAGAAGAAAAAUUCGAGGAAGAAGAAAAAGAAGAGCCAGUCAUGGUCUCUGGGCAUCUUUUCCAAAAUUUAAGAAUCCCUGUCAAAGAAUUCGUAGUCCGCCCUCAAAAUCCUUCAUCCCCUGCCAACGAGCUGCCCUCAACUAACGUUUAUAACGCAAUUAUCCCUUCUGACAAUUUCAGAGUGCCAUUCAGAGGUCGGAUAAUCAAAGAGCCUGAACAUUUUUCUUUAAAUAUCAUGGGCACUCGUGCAGGGGGGUUACAAAGCUCAGAAAAACUCAGCCCAAAAUUCACGCAAAAAUCAUUGUCCCCACAAAGUGUUAGAAAAAGCGCAAAAUCCAGCUCCACAAAGCACAGCACAAUGCACAGAUUUGCGAAUGAAAGCUCAGUAAUAAAGCCUGAACUAAUGAUUAAAGGGUUUUCUACGAAUAAAAACUCAUUUAUCAGGAGGCCAGCAUCGUUUGUUGAGGACUCUAAUGAAGGAAAAGAAAAGAUUCCGAACGUCGGACUGCAGAUCUGUAGCAGCACUAGGACACUUGGGUCAACUGAUGAGACUAAAUAUUGUUAUUAA